UACCAGUAGAUGAACUUUCACCAUCUACCAUAAUGAGGAAAAGAGAUUUUAUCUUCAGUCUCCUGCUCUUGCCAGCUUUUAUGAGUCAAGCAGUAAAUGGACAAAGAAAGAAAGGAUCAAAGCCAAAUAUACUUGCAAGGAAAAACGAGUUCCGGGACUCCAUCUGCUUCAUUGAUGUUGUCUUCAUCGUGGAUAGCUCUGAAAGCUCUAAAAUUGCCCUCUUUGAUAAUCAGAAAGAUUUUGUGGACAGUUUGAGUGAUAAAAUUUUCCAGUUGACUCCUGGUCAUUCAUUGAAAUAUGACAUCAAACUGGCAGCACUUCAGUUUAGCAGCACUGUCCAGAUUGAUCCACCUUUUUCUUCUUGGAAAGAUCUAUGGACAUUUAAGCAGAAGGUCAAGUCUUUGAAUUUAAUUGGGCAAGGCACCUUCUCUUAUUAUGCCAUCUCCAAUGCCACUAAGCUCCUUAAGAGAGAAGGACGUAAAGAUGGUGUGAAAGUGGCUUUGCUGAUGACUGAUGGCCUCGAUCAUCCCAAGAGUCCAGAUGUUCAAAGUAUUUCUGAAGAUGCUAGAAUUUCAGGAAUAUCAUUUAUCACCAUUGGACUUUCUACUGUGGUCAAUGAAGCCAAACUUCGUCUGAUAUCUGGGGAUUCAUUGAGUGAGCCCAUUCUACUGUUGAGUGAUCCAACCCUUGUAGAUAAAAUUUGGAAUCGCCUGGAUAUCUUAUUUGAAAAGAAGUGUGAACACAAGAUCUGUGAAUGUGAGAAAGGAGAUCCAGGUGACCCAGGGCCUCCUGGUACACAUGGAAACCCAGGUAUCAAAGGUGAGCGGGGACCCAAAGGAAAUCCGGGUGAUGCUCAGAAAGGAGAAACUGGAGAAAGAGGUCCUGGGGGAAUUCCUGGGUAUAAGGGUGACAAGGGUGAACGUGGAGAAUGUGGAAAACCAGGAAUGAAAGGUGACAAAGGAUCUCCAGGGCCAUAUGGACCAAAGGGACCCAGGGGACUUCAGGGCAUUGGUGGACCUCCAGGGGACCCAGGCCCAAAGGGAUUUCAAGGCAAUAAGGGUGAGCCAGGUCCUCCUGGUCCUUAUGGCCCUCCAGGAGCUCCUGGUAUUGGACAACAAGGUGUCAAGGGAGAAAGAGGCCAAGAAGGAAGAACAGGAGCUCCAGGACCAAUUGGAGUUGGUGAACCUGGACAGCCAGGUCCCCGUGGUCCUGAGGGAGCUCCAGGAGAAAGGGGCUUACCUGGAGAAGGAGUUCCAGGGCCAAAGGGUGAAAAGGGCUCUGAAGGACCAACUGGCCCACAAGGACUACAAGGCCUGUCAAUCAAAGGGGAUAAGGGGGAUUUGGGACCUGUGGGACCCCAAGGACCAGUGGGUAUCCCAGGCAUUGGAAGUCAAGGUGAGCAGGGAAUCCAAGGUCCUAUUGGUCCACCUGGUCCACAAGGACCCCCAGGACAAGGCUCACCUGGUUCCAAGGGAGAAGUAGGCCAGAUGGGACCUACAGGCCCUAGAGGACCAAUGGGCGUUGGAGUACAGGGUCCAAAGGGGGAGCCAGGAACAGUGGGUCUCCCGGGCCAACAAGGAGCGCCUGGAGAAGAUGGAGCUGCAGGAAAGAAGGGAGAAGCAGGGCUUCCAGGAACACGAGGCCCAGAAGGACCACCUGGGAAAGGACAACCCGGCCCUAAGGGUGAUGAAGGAAAGAAAGGGAGCAAAGGGAAUCAAGGACAGAGGGGAUUUCCAGGGCCUGAAGGGCCCAAGGGAGAACAGGGCAUUAUGGGCCCAUUUGGAAUGCCUGGAGCAUCAAUUCCUGGACCAUCUGGGCCAAAGGGAGAUAGAGGAGGACCUGGGAUGCCUGGAUUUAAAGGAGAACCUGGACUUUCUAUUCGAGGACCAAAGGGUGCCCUGGGUCCUCGGGGACCGGUGGGUGCACCAGGACUCAAAGGUGAUGGCUAUCCUGGCAUGGCUGGACCUCGAGGAUUGCCAGGACCCCCUGGACCAAUGGGUUUACGUGGUGUGGGAGACACUGGAGCAAAGGGAGAACCUGGGGUCAGAGGUCCUCCAGGGCCCUCUGGACCUCGUGGAGUUGGAACCCAAGGGCCAAAGGGUAAUAUUGGGCAAAAAGGCUUGCCUGGCCCUCCUGGUCCCCCUGGCUAUGGAUCCCAAGGAAUUAAAGGGGAACAAGGACCUCAAGGUUUUCCAGGGCCAAAGGGUAUGAUGGGCCAUGGUCUCCCAGGUCAGAAGGGAGAGCAUGGAGAACGUGGUGAUAUGGGAAAGAAAGGUGAAAAGGGGGAAACUGGAGAGCCCGGGUCUCCAGGAAAACAGGGGUUACAAGGACCAAAAGGAGACCUAGGACUUACAAAAGAAGAAAUUAUCAAACUUAUUAUUGAAAUAUGUGGAUGUGGGCCCAAAUGCAAAGAAACUCCACUGGAGUUGGUUUUUGUGAUUGACAGUUCAGAAAGUGUGGGACCAGAGAACUUUGAGAUCAUCCAAAAUUUUGUGAAGACUCUGGCUGACCGGGUGGCACUGGACCUUGCUACGGCUCGCAUAGGCAUAAUCAACUACAGCCACAAAGUGGAGAAGGUGGCUAGCCUGAAGCAGUUCUCCAGCAAGGAUGACUUCAAGUUAGUGGUAGACAACAUGCAGUAUCUGGGAGAAGGCACCUACACAGCUACUGCCCUUCAAGCAGCCAAUGACAUGUUCAAGGAGGCAAGGCCAGGUGUGAAGAAGGUGGCCUUGGUGAUCACCGAUGGACAGACAGAUUCUCGGGAUAAAAAGAAACUGGUAGACGUGGUGAAGGAUGCCAAUGAUUCCAAAGUGGAGAUCUUUGUGAUUGGGGUAGUGAAGAGAGAUGACCCCAACUUUGAAAUGUUCCACAAAGAAAUGAAUCUCAUUGCUACUGACCCAGAGCACGUUUAUCAAUUUGAUGACUUCUUUACCCUACAAGAUACUCUGAAGCAAAAGUUGUCUAAAAAAAUUUGUGAGGAUUUUGAUUCCUAUCUCAUUCAAGUAUUUGGAUCAUCAUCCCUCCAGCCUGAAUUUGGGAUGCAGGGGCAAGAGCUCAGUACACCCACUCCAGAACCUAUGAAUGAAAUUUCUGAGUCGGUCAGUGUCUCCAGAGGCCAGGAUGCAGAAAAUGAGCCUGUGGUGACUGGGGCUGUCAUUAUGUCGCCUGAGGGCACUAGCACCCUUGAACCAUUGCUCAGCAGCCCUGAGGGAGUAGAAACCAGAACUCCAAGUCCUGGUUUGAUUUUACAGUCAGAAAAUAUGCUGUACAAAGAUCCUAGAUGUUUGGAAGCCUUGAAGCCUGGAAACUGUGCAGAAUAUGUGGUUCGAUGGUAUUAUGACAAACAGGUCAACUCUUGUGCACGGUUUUGGUUCAGUGGCUGCAAUGGCUCAGCAAAUCGAUUCAACAGUGAAAAGGAAUGCCAAGAAAUCUGCACCAAAAGAUGAGCAAACUUGCAACUCUCAUUCCAGUUAAACGACACCAAAACUCAAGAAGAGGGAUCUGGAAAAAUAGCCAUGCCAGAAGAAAUAAUAUGACAGUUUUCUGUGGUAUAAUUAACAUCUUAUUUUUUUAAAAUUGCAUGCUAAUAAAGAAUACCUGUAACACACUUGACAAUUUAAGAACAGAAUGAGAAAAACAGCAGUGAAUAUAUUUACCCAGAGAACAGACCAAACUGUUGGUUCUGUAGAAGCCCCUGUGCACCCUGCUCACCACCUUCUAUGCCAGAGUUAUCUCACUUUGAACUUUGUGUUGCGAUGGGCUUCUGUACCUAAUUUUACAUGUAACACUAUAUACAUCUUUAUGGAUGUCUAAAUAAUAUAUAUUUAGCUUUAGAUAUCUUAUAACUUUGUAAGAAUAGUCCUGUAUUCUAGCUGUCUGUGACCUAAUAUUUACAUUCAACAUCUUAAUUCAUGUUUUACCAUAUAUAAAUACGUUCCUAAAUAAUUUGUUAUUUAGAUGUUGGUGUUUU